CCCUAAUAAGAUAUGUUAACAUUCUUGAAACCAAAACAAUAUACAGAUAUUUAUCAUCUAUCUCCAUCAAUGGGAAACUCUCUUAAGUCUUUCAGACAACAACCAUCUUCAACUGCUUACGAGCCUCUCAUCUCGGUUUCAGAAAAGGAGAAUCUUAGAGCCUUCACCUUCACGGAACUGAAGAAAGCAACCAAGAAAUUCAGACCAGACAUAAUCGUAGACGUAGUUGGCAACAACUGCUUUGUUCGGACAUUCUACAAGUGCUACAUCGACAAGAACACAUUUUCUCUAUCAAGGACUGAAACCGGAGUCGCUGUUUCUGUCUUGGAACGUAAUAGUGUACCGUACACUCUACAAGUGGAGGAUCAAGAGAUCAAGUCUAGAGGACAGAUUUAUCAUCCCAAUUUGGUCAAAGUUUUGGGUUACUGUUGUAAAGAUAACACAUCACACUUCUUGGUUUUCGAAUACUACAAAGGAAGUUUGGAUCGUCACAUCUACGGAAAAGAAGAGGCAUUGCCAUGGGAUAUAGCUCAAGGUCUGGCGUUUAUACACUCCAUCAAGAACUUUCCACUCGAUCAAGAACUCAGAUUGCAUAACAUCAUGCUUGACGAGGAAUACAAUGCAAAACUAUUUUAUCUUGAUUCAAACGAAGAGUGUUUGGAAUAUACACAAAUCAGAAGAACAGAUGAUGUAUACAACUCUCCUGAAUCUCUUUGUUUCAACGGGAAUAUUGUGGAGACCGAUGUUUUCACAUUUGGUGUCAUCCUGCUUGACCUUUUAACUGGUUCCAAAGAUACAGUUAAAAACGAGAGAAGCAAAAGCUCAGGUGUAUGGACAUCGUUAUUGUCCGAUGAUCAUAAGAUUGCGGAAAUCAUCGAUCCAAGACUUGGCAACAGUUAUCCUGUGAAUGCAGCGACACAGAUCGGCACACUCAUAAGAAGAUGCACCAAGUGGGACAAGUGGAAACGACCAUCGAUGGAACAAGUCUUGGAUACUCUAAAUUAUAUUGCAGAGAUUAAAGAUUAAAUGUGUAGAGGAACAAGUCUUAGAUACUCUGAUAUGUAUUGUAGAAAAGUGCGUCUGGUGGACAAAACCAUAAGUUUUUCUAACGAACUCUAAAUUACUUAAAGGUAAGUUUUACAAUUUCAUAAAAUAAUCAGAAAACCAAGGCCAAACGAAACUAAACCAAAGGUAACAAGU